GUUGCAGUUUGCAGAGACGGGGAGGAGGAAUUCCCUUUCGAGAAGAGGCAGAUUCCCCUCUACAUCGAUGACACCCUCACGAUGGUGAUGGAAUUUCCUGAUAACGUGCUAAACCUUGAUGGACAUCAGAAUAAUGGUGCACAAUUAAAACAGUUCAUUCAGAGACAUAGCAUGCUUAAACAGCAGGAUCUAAAUAUUGCCAUGAUGGUGACAUCUCGUGAAGUUUUGAGUGCACUUUCUCAGCUGGUCCCAUGUGUUGGCUGUCGUCGUAGUGUGGAACGUCUGUUUUCUCAGCUUGUUGAAUCUGGAAAUCCAGCACUUGAGCCCCUGACAGUAGGGCCAAAGGGUGUUCUUUCUGUAACUCGAAGCUGUAUGACUGAUGCGAAGAAGCUUUAUACACUGUUUUACGUGCAUGGGUCCAAACUGAAUGAUAUGAUUGAUGCAAUUCCCAAAAGUAAGAAGAACAAGAGAUGUCAAUUACACUCCCUGGACACACACAAACCAAAACCUUUGGGUGAAGGGAGCACUAGCAUACUCAGUACAGAGAAAUUAAGUGCAGAUAAGAAAAAUAGUGAAGACAGCAGGAAGGAGGAGAGCAAGUGUAAUAUCACUUUCCACUAUGGACCUUUCCAGAGAGCAGUCAGGGGUUGUUGGAUGGAUGUGUGGGAGCUCAUGUCCCAGGAAUGCAGGGAUGAAGUAGUUUUAAUUGACUCUAGUUGUCUUUUAGAAACAUUAGAAACCUAUCUACGAAAACACAGGUUUUGCACUGACUGCAAAAAUAAAGUACUUCGGGCAUACAAUAUUCUUAUUGGUGAGCUAGACUGCAGCAAAGAAAAGGGCUACUGUGCUGCACUUUACGAGGGUUUGCGCUGCUGUCCCCAUGAACGUCACAUACAUGUAUGCUGUGAAACAGAUUUCAUCGCACACCUAUUGGGUCGAGCUGAACCAGAGUUCGCAGGAGGACGAAGAGAAAGGCAUGCUAAGACAAUAGACAUAGCCCAAGAAGAAGUUUUGACCUGCCUGGGUAUUCAUCUUUAUGAAAGAUUACACCGAAUCUGGCAAAAGUUGCGGGCUGAGGAACAAACGUGGCAGAUGCUUUUUUACCUAGGUGUUGAUGCUUUACGGAAAAGCUUUGAGAUGGCUGUGGAAAAAGUGCAGGGUAUUAGUCGAUUGGAACAGCUCUGUGAAGAGUUUUCAGAAGAAGAAAGAGUACGAGAGCUUAAACAAGAGAAGAAGCGCCAAAAACGAAAGAACAGACGGAAAAAUAAGUGUGUGUGUGAGAUCCCUACUCCUUUGCAGGCAACAGAAGAGAAAGAAAUAAAUCAAGCAAAGGAAAAUUCGAACUUCAUGGAAAGUAGUUGCAAAGCCUGUGGUAGCACCGAAGAAGCUAGCAAUUGUGUAGAAGUAAUUGUUACUAAUGAAAGCACUUCUUGCACUUGUCCUAGUAGUGGUACCCUAUUAGGUUCACCUAAAAUCAAGAAAGGUUUAUCUCCACAUUGUAACGGUAGUGAUUGUGGCUAUUCAUCUAGCAUGGAGGGCAGCGAAACAGGAUCUCGAGAGGGAUCGGAUGUGGCCUGCACUGAAGGCAUUUGCAACCAUGACGAAAAUGGAGACGAUUCAUGUGUCCAUCGCUGUGACGACAAAGAGGAGGAUGGAGAUAGCUGUGUGGAAUGUUGGGCUAAUUCGGAAGAGAAUAACACAAAAGGCAAAAACAAAAAGAAGAAAAAGAAAAGUAAAACUUUGAAGUGUGAGAAUGAACAUAUUCAGAAACUUGGAAGCUGUAUGGCAGAUCCAGGUAACAGAGAGACCUCAGGAAAUAUCAUGCACACAGAGUUUCAUCGCGACAAGACCAAAGACACACAAGCUGAAAGCUGCUGUAGCUCAGAAAAAAGCGGGCAGCAGUUGCCUUGGUUUGAGCAUAUGAAAAAUGUGUCACAGUUUGCAGAACCUACAGAAAUGUCAGUUGUUCCUGAUACUGGAAAAGGUGCCAAGAGCUUAGUGGAACUCCUUGAUGAGUCUGAAUGCACUUCUGAUGAGGAAAUCUUUAUCUCACAAGAUGAAAUACAGUCCUUUAUGGCAAACAACAAGUCUUUUUACAGCAAUAGAGAACAAUACCGACAGCAUCUGAAGGAGAAAUUUAAUAAAUACUGCCGCUUAAAUGAUCACAAGGGGCCCAUUUGUAACGGUUGGUUGACAACAGCUGGAGCGAACUAAAUACAAUAAAAUAGCUGUCUUUCACUGAAAUUCUCAAGAUGACUACUGCGCCUUCUCUUUCAAAAACUUAAUUUAGUGACUUACGGCAAAAUUUUAUCUUAAAUUAAUGUGAUUCUUUUUUUUUUCUUGUUUUUUUGGGGAGGCUGGUGGAGGUGAUUUCAUUAAUUUUGUUCUUUCUUCAGGCUUGUAUCUUUAGUUGAGUAGCUGUGCAAGCCUCUCUUAUAAUUUAAGCCAUCUCUUUUCAUUAAAUGUUUCUCUUACUGUGAGACUUACAGAAAGCAAACUAGUGGCAAAGUAAUGUUGUACUUAUAAUUCUGUACAGAAUGACAAUGAGCUGAAUAUAAGAUUUUACAAAGUAGACAUCCAUUUGCAAAAUGUUUUGGAUGUAAUAUGUUAAAGCGCAAUGUGCAAAAUUUAAAUAAAGAAUAUUUAUUAAUAUGCA